GUUGCUCGGGUGGAGCAUAUUAAGAACAGUGCCUCCCCAUCUUUAAACGCAAACGAGGAGAGGAGGGGACUAGAUAUAGCACACGGCGGUGUUAGAAUCGAGACUAAAACACUCAUCUCGCUUGGACUGUUCUCUUUCUUUUUUUGAGGAAUAUACCCUGACUUUGUGCUUGUUGUCGGAAUAUAUCUUUGGCUCAUUUUUUUCGACAGUUAAACAUGCAUUUCUGCCUUUAAAAUAAUAUCGAGGAGAACAAUGAAACGGCAAGUACUGUUUUUCAUCUCGCUCCUUUUUGUCGGUCCUGUGCUCGGCCAGGUCACCUACUCCGUUAACGAGGAACUGUCCGUGGGCUCUGUUGUCGGGAAUGUCGCAGAGGAUUUGGGUUUAGAUGUCGAGAGACUGAAAUCACGUAAUGCUCGUGUUUACUUCGGUGAUAGCAGAGAAUACAUCGAGCUGAAUAAAGCCAGGGGAGUCCUCCUAAUCAAAGAACAAAUAGACAGAGAAACGCUCUGCGGACAGACGAUGCCUUGCGCUCUCCAUUUCCAGAUUAUAUUAGACAAACCCAUUGAAUUUUACAGAGUGACUGUGAAAAUACUGAUCCAGGACCAGAACGACAACCCCCCUCAGGUUUUGUACCCAGUCCAGACUGGUGGCUCUCUGGUGGCUGAACUGGUGCCUCGUUCAGCAGAUGUGGGCUAUCUGGUCACUAAAGUGGUGGCUGUUGAUGUGGACUCUGGACAGAAUGCCUGGCUCUCCUAUAAACUGCAGAAAGCCACAGACAGGGCGCUGUUUGAAGUGGGCUCACAGAACGGAGAAAUAAGAACUAUCCGCCAAGUCACUGAUAAAGACGCAGUGAAACAAAGACUGAGUGUUAUAGUGGAGGACAACGGGCAGCCCUCUCGUUCAGCUACAGUCGUUGUUAACGUGGCGGUGGCGGACAGCUUCCCGGAAGUGCUGUCGGAGUUCAGUGACUUUACGCACGACAAGGAGUACAACGACAACCUGACUUUUUACUUAGUGCUGGCUCUGGCUGUAGUUUCCUUCCUCUUCAUCACGUGUGUAGUGGUUAUUAUCUCAGUGAAAAUCUACAGAUGGAGACAGUCUCGCGUCCUGUAUCACUCCAACCUCCCUGUGAUUCCCUAUUAUCCACCACGUUACUCAGACACUUUGGGGACAGGGACUCUCCAGCACGUGUACAAUUACGAGGUGUGCAGGACGACUGACUCCAGAAAGAGUGACUGUAAGUUCAGCGGAGCUGGUAGUCAGAACGUGCUGAUAAUGGACCCCAGUUCUACAGGGACGAUGCAGCGGAUACAGAAUGAAAAGAGCAUCCUGGAUGAACCAGACUCUCCUCUUGAGGUUAGACCCACAUCAUUAUUGCUAGAAAAUCAUUUUCGAGUUGUGAACUGA